AUGGGUUCCCCAUGGCCAUUUUCCGCUUGGGGCAUGGAUGUAAUUGGACCCAUAGAGCCUCCUGCAUCAAAUGGACAUCGUUUCAUCCUUGUGGCUAUCGAUUAUUUUACAAAAUGGGUCGAAGCUUCGACAUAUAAGGCAGUAACUAAGAAAGUCGUGGCAGAUUUUGUUCGUAACAAUAUCAUUUGUCGAUUUGGGAUUCCAGAAUCAAUUAUAACAGAUAAUGCGGCCAAUCUCAAUAGCGAUCUUAUGAAGGAAAUUUGUGAGCGAUUCAAGAUUGCUCAUCAAAAUUCCACAACUUAUCGGCCACAAAUGAAUGGAGCAGUUGAAGCAGCAAACAAGAACAUCAAGAAGAUUUUGAGGAAAAUAGUGGAUGGUCACAGACAAUGGCAUGAGAAGUUACCAUAUGCUCUACUCGGUUAUCGUACCACAAUCAGAACUUCCACUGGGGAAACUCCUUAUAUGUUGGUUUAUGGUUCAGAAAUAGUAAUACCUGCUGAAGUGGAAAUACCAUCUUUAAGGAUUAUUCAAGAGGUCGGUUUAGAUGAUGCACAAUGGAUUCGCAGCAGGAUUGAACAGUUGAUGCUCAUUGAUGAGAAAAAAAUGGACGCAGUUUAUCAUGGUCAACUUUAUCAAAAUAGAAUGGCCAAAGCAUUCAACAAGAAAGUCAAGCCUCGACAGUUCACACCAGGACAAUUAGUAUUGAAAAAGAUAUUUCCUCACCAAGGAGAAGCUAAGGGGAAAUUUGCACCAAACUGGCAAAGUCCUUAUAUGGUUCAUACAGUAUUAUCCGGAGGAGCAGUAAUCUUAGCAGAAAUGGAUAGAACAGUGAGCACGAAGCCAAUCAACUCAGACUCCAUCAAGAAGUACUACAUCUGA